AUGAGCUCGCAACAAAGCCCAGCUGCUCUGCAAUCCACCGUCGAUCGCGAGAAGGUUUACACGUGGAUAAUCGAGCUGUCGAAUCCGGAAACGCGAGAGAAUGCACUUCUGGAGUUGAGCAAGAAACGUGAAGUGGUGCCCGACCUGGCGCCGAUGCUGUGGCACUCUUUCGGCACGACGGCUUCCUUGCUGCAAGAGAUCAUCAACAUCUACCCGGCUAUCAAUCCUGCGACCCUCACCGCUUAUCAGAGCAAUCGCGUGUGCAACGCUUUGGCUCUGUUACAAUGUGUAGCUAGUCAUCCUGAGACAAGAUCCGCGUUCCUACAGGCUCAUGUUCCAUUGUUUUUGUAUCCAUUCCUGCAUACCGUAAGCAAGACUAGGCCUUUUGAGUACCUUAGACUGACAAGUCUUGGAGUAAUAGGAGCGUUAGUCAAGACAGAUGAACAAGAAGUCAUCACCUUCCUGCUCACUACAGAAAUCAUUCCUCUAUGCCUGCGAAUUAUGGAGAGUGGCUCGGAAUUAAGUAAAACCGUUGCGACGUUUAUAUUGCAGAAAAUACUCUUGGAUGACAGUGGCCUGUCAUAUAUUUGUCAAACCUAUGACAGAUUCAGUCAUGUUGCAAUGAUACUGGGAAAAAUGGUUUUGUCCUUAGCCAAGGAUCCAUCAGCAAGAUUGCUUAAACACGUUGUGAGAUGUUACCUAAGACUGUCAGAUAAUCCUAGGGCACUGCUGGCAUUAAGACAAUGCUUACCAGAUCAACUAAGGGAUAAUACUUUUGCCAAUUGCUUGCAAGAAGAUGCUUCGACGAAGCACUGGCUGAACAUGCUUCUGAAGAAUUUAGAAACCGGCCCGCAGCCGGGCCCACCAACCCAGCCGGGUCAGCAAGAUCCUCGAACGAUCGGCAUGUCGCCGCUUACGUCCUGAAUUCGCCAAAUUUAAGGAAAGGGAAGGAAGCAGUGCCAAAUGUGCAAAUGCGUCGUAUGUUGUGGGGACAGAUCUCGAGAGAUGCUUCUUUCCGUGAGUUCUGAAUUUUUACGAGACGGUUGCGUCACCGUUAUUAUUACACCGGUAUGCACCGUUGUUAUUACACAUGAUUAACAAUUAAUCGUGUAUUAUAUAUAGUUACGAAUUGUGCUGUGAGGUCUAGUAAUAUAGAGGGAUACUGCGUCGGAUUGGCAAUUCAAGUACAUGAUAGUCGUUGUACAUAUUGUAUACACCUUGCGGCGAAAUCGAUCAGUUAUAUAUCCGGUUCGAUUUCCACGAACAUUCAGUUCUCUUACUUCGGUUUCAGUGUUGUCGUUCACCGCUCGUUACUGA